AUGCGGUCCGUAUAUGCGGAUGCCCACAAAUAUGCUAAUGAUAACGAGAAUGAAGCCAACCAGAGCAAGGAUGAUGGCGAGACCGAAGAUGAUUUCCUUAAGAAUCAGCCAUACUUUGGCGGGAAACUGGUGAAACAUUUCGCCCAAGGAGGGAUAAUGGCGGGGAAGGAGGGCGUAAAGAGCGCUGGAUCAGCGCGACUGCUAUUUCUCUUCUCUGAUGUAGAACUGAAUCCUACUGACACAGCCGCGAGGGGCAGCAGCCUCACUGGGAGACUUGUUGAAGCCGCAAGACGAGGCGCGGAGGCGGAGGCUGAGGCUGAGGCUGAGGCUGAGGCUGAGGCUGAGGCUGAGGCUGAGGCUGAGGCUGAGGAAUUUACGGGGAAUUUACACUUUAGUGCUAGAAGUGCAAAAGACCAGUCUUACCAGCGUUAUCUUCUUACCAGCAGAGUCUCGAAGAGUCAACAUUGGGAUGACGAGUUCGACGAAGAUAUCAAUCCCGACUCCGACGCAGCCUUUCUCCGCAGGCACCGGUCAAUCGACCGAGACAAUUCCGACACUGGACAGCAAGUAGCCAAGCCGGGGCUCCUCCAGCGGGUCUUUACUUUAAUGUCUCAAUUGCCUCUUCUGAGAGGUUUCUCGUCAACAAAGGAUGCAGCAUCCUACGGUGCCCUACCUAACCAAGGUUCGAGAUCCCAGUCCGCAGACUGGGACUUGGCAGACGAUCUACCACUUGCUGCUACCAGUGAAGACGAAGAUGAAGGCGACCAAGUCGUUAGUAUCGAUGAUGAUGAGGAUGUCUUGGAUCCACCGGACAACUCACCCUAUCCACAAGUGCGUGCCUCAGUAGCCGCGAGCGAUGAUAUCUCUGCUUCGAUCAACACCCCCCGAAUGUGGAUCUUGUCUUUUUUAUGUGCUCUGCUGGGAUCUGCAACGAAUCUUUUCUUCUCUCUUCGUUAUCCUAGCGUCGCAAUCACCCCAGUGAUUGCGCUGGUCGUUGUGCAUCCGUUGGGACGAGCUUGGGAUCGGCUGCUUAAAUCACCGGACGAUCCUGUGGAGACUUUUGAGUAUGGUAAUCGAGUCCGCGCAGUCAAAGUACGGGAUCCCGUACUUUAUCGCUCGAGAAUGUUGCGCCUGAGACGUUGGCUGGCCCAGGGCCGUUGGAAUGGCAAAGAGCACGCUUGUGUAUAUAUCAGCAGUAAUGUAGCAUUCGGGUUUGCUUUCGCCACUGAUGUCAUCGUCGAGCAAUCUAAAUUCUAUCACCAAGAUCCAAGCAUAGUGUACCAGCUUCUCCUCACCAUUUCAACCCAAAUUCUGGGCUACUCUUUCGCGGGGCUUACACGUCGCUAUCUUGUUCGACCGCCUUCUAUGAUUUGGCCAGGUACUUUAAUGUCUACUGCAAUGUUCACUACCAUGCAUAGCUCGGAAAACAAAAUUGCUAAUGGCUGGAUGAUCUCGCGCUGGAAAUUCUUCCUUCUUGUCUGGUCUGGAGCUUUCGCUUGGUACUUUCUGCCCGGUCUGUUGAUGCCUGCCCUGAGCUACUUUAGCGUUGUUACGUGGUUUGCUCCUAAGAAUGUUGUCGUUGCAAACCUGUUUGGCGUCUCCUCUGGAUUGGGGCUCUUCCCAGUGACAUUUGACUGGGCUCAGAUAGCCUACAUUGGAUCUCCUCUGUUGACUCCUUGGUGGGCGGCGGCUAAUGUAGUGGGAGGACUUGUGAUUGUAAUGUGGAUCAUGGCUCCUAUUCUUUACUACAGAAACGCGCUUUUCUCUUCUUUCAUGCCCAUCAUCUCAUCUGCAGUGUUCGACGACACCGGCAAGCCGUAUGAUGUCAGCAGAAUCCUCACGAAGGACUACCACUUCGAUCACGAGGCCUACACUAAAUACAGCAAGGUCUACCUGCCCAUCACCUAUGUCUUGUCUUAUGGCGUUCAGUUUGCAGGUCUCUCGGCUUUAGUCACACAUACCAUCUGCUGGCAUGGCCCAGACAUAUGGCAGCAGUCCAAGAAGUCGUUUUCCGGAGACGUCCGGGAAAGCAAAGAUCAUUACCAGCCGGUGGCGUCCGGCGUGAGAAGUGCAAAGUCAACAACAAGCACCCACAGUGGCCGCUCGACAACAGAGCCAGACUCCAGUGCUGCUAGUAUAGGCAGCGAAGACGUCCAUUGUCGUCUGAUGCAACGCUACGAAGACGCUCCGAUCAGUUGGUAUCUUGCCACGUUUGUAGGAAUGCUUGCUAUUGGUAUGUUUGUCGUCGAGUACUACCCUGUCUACCUCCCAUGGUAUGGUCUACUGCUCGCCGUUUCCAUUACCGCCCUCCUCUUCAUACCGGUCGGCAUCGUCAUGGCUAUCACGAAUCAGCACAGCAGUCUCUAUCUAAUCUGCCAGAUCAUCUGCGGAUUCGUCUUUCCAGGGAGGCCUGUUGCUAAUAUGGUCUUUGUCACCUACUGCUACAUUUCCUCCGCCCAAGGCAUCAAAUUUUCCUCCGAUCUCAAAUUAGGCCAUUACAUGAAGAUCCCGCCCAAGCUCCUCUUCAAAAUCCAAUUAGCCGCCACCCUUGUCUCCAGCGUUGUCCAAAUCGGCGUUCUAAAUUGGAUGUUCACCUACAUUCCAAACAUCUGCACUCCUGAAGCAAUCAACGGCUUUACAUGCCCCAUAGCCCGCGUGCACUUCAACGGUUCCAUCCUCUGGGGCGUAGUAGGUCCGCAACGCUUUUUCGGCCAAGGCGCUCUCUACAGACCACUGAUCUGGGCAUUCCUAAUCGGCUUUAUCGCCCCAAUCCUCAUCUGGCUAAUCGGCCGCCGCAGCAUAGCCAGCAGCUCAUGGCGCAAAAUCAACCUCCCCGUCCUCUUCGGCAGUCUAAGCUGGAUACCGCCCGCCACGGGUCUCAACUUCUCAGUCUGGGCCCUCGUCUGCUUCCUCUUCAACUCGCACCUGCGCCGGCGCGCUCCGGCUUGGUGGGGGAAAUACACAAUGACGCUUUCCGCGGCGCUGGAUUCGGGGUUAGCGUUCGGGGUCUUGGUGGUGUUCUUUUGCUUUUUGUAUCCGGGGUGGGGGUGGCUGGGGAAGUUGGAGUGGUGGGGGACGAGCGUUUACAAAGACGGGUGUGACUGGAAGGGAUGUCCAUAUAAGACGUUGGCGCCUGGGGAGCAUUUUGGAUUAGGAAUUUAG